AUGGUGGAGGAAGGUCGGCCCCCUCCGCCAGAGCGACUUGGUGUUGACAGCGAGUCGCCCAUCGAGCCCGAUACUGCUCAACAUCCUCAAGAGACAGAAUCACAUACCUCAACGGGGAACGCUACGGGGACGGCCGCCUCCCAGGAUACGCGGGGGAGCCCAUUCAGUCGUUUACCUCGGACUGUGAUUGAGCACAUUCUUUAUGUAGCCGAUGCAAGUACCUUUGCGUCGCUGGCUUUGUUGAACCGAAAAUGGCGGCGGAUAUCUGACUCGGCCUUGCUGUAUGGCCAUCACUUGUCUCAUUGUCCGUCCUUUGCAUUGUCGCAAAAGGCCAAUGACCAGCUUCCGAUACAAACUGACGACCUGGCGGCUCUCAAACGGCAGUUCGUCUCUGAGAUCAGGCGCAAUGGGUUUGACGUCUUUUUCCGCCCCCACCAGACGUUGGUAAAAUUAAUUUCCACCUCGAUGAGCUCGUCGACAGCAUUCCCCCGCGGUGAAGCUUUCCGGUUUGCUUUUUCUCAAGACGGCCAACUCAUCCUCUGCAUCAGCUCUUCCCGGAUUGUCGUGUUGGACGUGGCAUCGGACCCGCCGGCGGUGAAGUAUGAACUCAAGACUCUGCGGCGCCCGCUUCAUGCUACUAUUCUGGACGACGGGUCGCUUCUUGCGGUUGUGUCUUCAAGUCAUCAAGUCAACAUUUACAGCCUUUCUAGCGCAGAAGCGAAACUUAUACAGGACCUCAAACUAAACCAUGUUCCGCGUACUUUAGCCUUUUCCCCGGCUGGUAGUGUCCUUGCUAUUGCGUACGAUGACAUGAUUGAAGUGUACGCUAUCGGGGAGACAGCUCUAGCAACUGAGCGAAGGGCUGUUCGAUGUGCUGGGGUCGACUCGCUGUCGUUCUCCUCGGAUGGUGUCAUCCUCCUGGGCUCGUCCAACAAUCAUUCAACAGGAAGUCUGGUUAGUAUAACCGUGCCGCUCUAUGGUGAGCAAGAGCCGGAGCUCUCCAUCAAAGACGUUCAGGUUCGGAUGUGGACCACUCAGAUACUCUUCCCAGAGGUUGUCCAAAAUUACAGUUAUGCUUGUUUGGUGCCUUUACACACAGAGGGCGAAGGUAGUUGGAUUAUGGGGUUUGAUAACAAACUCAAAGUUUUCAGAGCAACUGGACUCACUAAGGCUAGUUCUGGCACAACAUACUUUGCCAGCCCCAUAUCUGAAGAUACGAAUAUAGAACACCCGCCUAUGAUGAUGGCCGCCGCAGAUUGUGGGGGCGAACUUGUUGCCCUAGGAUUUCAAGGCUCUGGAGUUUGGGUGUACGGUCUGCCUGAUCGGCUUGAUAUUGCCCCUGUGGCGCAAAAUGCCAGCGGGCCACAGACUCGUGGCACUGCUCAAAAUCAGUCAACCGUGGUUACAGCUGCAGGAACAAACCUAAACCGGCUGCAGCAGACCAUAAACCGGCCGAAGGUACUCAUUACUGGUCACAAGGUAACUGAUAUACCUGGCAUCACUGCUGCUCGCUGGGUACGGCGCAAUGAUAGCACGGGUGAGCAACGGCGGCUGGCCGCUGUGGCACCUGGUGGUGUUGACCAUGCAAGUUUUGGCGAAGAGGACGUACCUCUUGACGGUGGAAGAAUCCUAAUAUCGGAUUUUACAUGCUCAACCACGAAUGGAAAUGUGACGGAGCUCGUUAUCGAGAUUGGUGAGGCAGAGCCUGUGCUACUCCGUGAGCCGAAUGCUAGUCUAGACACUGAAGUCGAAUUGGAAAGGAGAAGAACUCGUAUACACCGGGGCAGCACUGGCAGAGGAAAUCGGGAGUCGUAUCCGGCGGCAAGUUCAAAUAACCGCCCACGCCCUCGCAGAAACAGCUCCUAUCUCUCUGGCUCCUCAAAUGAGGUUGCAGACGGUGAAAUACCUCCUAUCCUAGACAGCCCUUACGACAACACGCAGCCGCGAUCUCAAGACACAUUACGACGUGCUGCUACGGCUGCUGCUGCAAGUCGCAGACGAGUCGCACAUGAAUCCCGCCGCGUGUUGCAAGAACCCUCCGUUCCCGCUUAUUUCCAGAUCCCUCACGAAAGCGAUGCAGACAACUGGGUUCCCCCGCCCCCUCCUUACUCGCGGGAGGCAGACGUGCCGCUCCCUGAUUACCUCAGAAGGACUCUGCUUCCUUCACCGCAGAGGUACAGCCAGAACGCAGUAGAGUCAUUUCGGAGGUCUCUUUCAACACGUUUCUCGCCCGAUACUUCAUCUCGACCUUCGUUGCAUAGGUUGAACACCGUCACCGGCCCUAACUUGGCCUCUCGGAUGAGACGACAUGUGGGGGAGAGCUCGACUUCCGAUGUUCAUCGAAGGCAUCACAGCUGGGCUCGAGGAAGAGCAGGCUCUGGCUCACAAGUUCAACCGCUAAGUAGCGUCAACGAGUCCGCUGUCUCGGUGCAACCGCAGGAUUUCCUUGUUUCUCCUCAAUUGGUGCCGAACGCCGUGCCAGUGGUGCCAAAUGUCACAUACACAGAUCCUCUUGUCGCAACGUUACAGGCUCAUGCGCAGCCCAUGACUAUUCAGAUCCCAAACAACACACAAGUCACCAACUCACAACUCGUCAUGCCGGCAGUCCCACCAACUCCACCUGCCAUGAACAAUUAUCUCUACUCUCUAUCGUCGCCAAACCUCAUCCCCGCACAACUCAUACCAGAAACACCAGAGACACCGACCCCAGUCCAAUAUCCCAGUGCUCGACACCACGACCGCACUCAAUCUUACGAUUAUCAGCCGCCUCUGUCAGCGGCAGCGCUCCGCAACCGCCGGGCAUCGACAGACCCCACACACUCAAGUUCGCAGUCUGUUGCGCCGGAACAGCAAUGGCGAAGGCGCAUUGAGGAGUGGAAUGAGCGAACCAUCUAUGAGAGAAGCAAAAAGCGGAGCAAGUGUGUCAUCAUGUGA